CUGAGGGAAGAAAAAAGAGGGAGCUGAGGGGGGAAAGAAAACCUGUCUCUUUGUGUGAGAAGGACUCAGCAGGAAAGUGAUUUUGUGAUUAUUUGAGUUUGUCACCAAAGCAAGGCUAUUUCUUCUAAGCUGUAACUACAUCUUUUUUGCUCUGUGUGCCACUGCUGCCUUAUACCAGUCACAUAUGAAUGUGCUUCUCAGGCCGGCAAAACAGCGACACCCGGGCUUCUCCUGAUGAUGAGAGCCAACGUCAGACUGGUUUCCAUGAAUAUUGAUGUGGAGGAUAGACUGUUUCAUAGAACAGAAGGAGGCAAGAUGGCUGCCCUUUAGGAUUUGUUAAAGAGAAGAUCCAGACGGUUUGUUGGAAUUUCUACAAAGUGGAGGGACAAAGAAAGAAGUACAGACAGAGGGCAGCCCUGUGUAUGGACUCUGAGCAAGCCAGAUGGAAACAGAAGAGGCCAAACAUGAGACGGAAGAAAGUCUGAUGCUAGCACAAUUCGGCACAUCUCGCAACAUCUCUCACAAACUUCAGAAUGGAGGCCCGGAUUCUCCGCAAAUCACUGGGAACACAGACUGGAUCUCAAGCCCAGUGCAUUACCUGCCCAGCACAGGUGUCAAAUCCAUAAAGAGGCAAAGAGAGAACUGCAGCACUCCGACAUCAGAACAAGGGUUGUUUGAUCAAGUAUCUUACAAGAUGAAUGGUGGUUUGAUGAACGGGGAAUUGAAUCAUGAAUUCACUGAACAGUCCUUAUUGGUUCCCCAUCACAAAAAAAAGAAAGUAGAUGUUGAAAUUAAAGGAAAUGGUGACACCAGCUCUAAUUUGGUGGACAACCUUCCUGAACUGACAAAAGCAUCAGAGUUUGAAUGCAGUUCCCCACAAACAGAGAUCAGUUUAGAUAAAAGGAACUGUAAUUUUCCUAAUGGAGAUAUUUUUCGUCUAACACGAAAUAAACAAGUUCAAAAUGGUGCUAUAUCGCCCUCCUCAACCAUAGAAGGCACUCCAGGUGAUCUGCUAGAAAAAACUUUGUCUCAGUAUUAUCCUGAGCAAGUGUUAAUUGCGCCUCAAACUUCAGGGUCACAUAUGGAUACUGUCAAUGAUUCACUGGCCAAUCAGUUGUCCGGUGAAGGUGCUCAACCCCCUGUUCUAACCUCAGGAUUGCCCAAUUCAGCACAGAUGCCCAACUCACAACAGCAUCUUGGUGCAUCUCUAAACGCUCAGAGGGGCAACAACUAUAACUCUGUCAGCUAUGUUGUAAAUGGAUACUCCAGCAACUUUGGAGCAGACCACCAGCAACAACAACAACAUCAGCAGCAACGACCACCGUGUUAUUCUCGUCAGGAGCUUGCUGUGGGGCAGUCACCUGACAUGACCCCACCAACAAAUGCCAAUUGUGCCCAACAACAUGCAAAUGGCGCACAGUGUUUUCCAGAUGACACACAUUCUCAAGGAAUAUAUAUGAAAGCCCACCAGGAGUUUGACCACAGCCCUAUUCUGAAGAAUAGCAAUCCUCUACAAGCAGCAGAAGCAGAUGGAUACAAAUCCUUUUCCAAUGCUGGGAUACAGGAUAUAGAGCAGAGUGAGAAAUCUGAAUCUGAUCAAAUUCUGCAGCAUGGCAAUGAUGGAGGCCUUCAGUAUGGGAUUCAAAUGCAGAAAUUUCAAGACAAGGCUGGGACACAACAUAGAGCCAAUGGUACUGGACACAUAGGGCCUGGUCUUCAACACCUUCAGUUAGAAAAUGGCAUAGCAAGCACGUCACAGCAGAGAGGACCUAUGUCUUGUUCAAAGCCCAAUCAGAGAGCCUGGAUGGAACCGAAUCCUUCACAUUCCCAGAAGCAACCAACAAGUGGCCCGUCAUCACAGGCUCAAGAGCAAGACAUGUGGAGAGGCUUUCCUGUUAAGCCUGAGCCAGACCACCAGACAACUAACCCCCAGAUUCAGGGCCAGAUACUGGAGCCAAAUCAAGUGCAGAGAUUCCAGACACAUGGGGUUUUCAUAGACAGUAGCCAAGACUCUAACAGCUUCCAGCAGAAACGACAAAAAUGCUUACCAGUACAGAUGCAAUGUGCUUCAGUGCAGCACAACACUGCCCCUGAGUGGCAGCAGUCAAAUCAUAAAGCACCCCAAAUGCAACAACCUUUUCCCCAGAAAAUGCAUGAGGAGCAAAACUUCCCUCAAAACCAGCAAACAGAUAACCCCUACCACACCCAGACAGAAUCAGAGCACUUAUGCAAAGACACGGACCUGCAGCACAUACUGUCACCUGGGUUUGUCACAACACAGCAACAGCAACAACAACAGCACUGUCAUCUCCAACGUCCACUAUCCCAUCCACCACAAUUUGAAGGGCAACAGCUGUCUCCAAAUUACAGACCUCACAGUCAGCCUCCCCCAGGUCAGCACCCUCAGCCCAACCAGUCUCUCAGAAACACCUCUGCUCAACCCAACGACCACGACAUGCAGCACAGUGACCAUGCACUCACUUACAAUGACACAACAGACACAACAAUGAUACAACAACCAAAACAACAUCAAAGACAGUGUCUACCGAACUCAGGCAGUAGAAACUUAAAGACAUUUCCACCACAGAAACCAAACAACAGUUACCACAAGCCCAACCAUGUGGACUUCCCCCAGACCUCUUCACAAUCACAACCUCACUUACCACAAGGUGUGUUAAACCAUCAGGUGGCAGCACAAAUGUAUCCCAAAGCUGAAAAGCAGCUGAAGACUUCUUGCACUCAGUUCCAAAGGGGACCUCGACUACCUCUGGGACCUGCAGGUCCCCAUGUCGAUUUUCAGAGGCAUGCAGCUUUGCGCAUGCACCUAUUACAAAAGCAGGAGCGGCAGGGUCCACUUCAUCCCCCUCACAGCUCUAGUGACCCCAAACAACCUCUGAGAGCAGUGAAAAUGGAAAAUGGACCUAGAUUUGAUAUGCCUGCUUCACGGCAGCAGGAGCAGCUGAUACAGAUGCGAGAGGCAGGCAUGGGUGGAAUUAAAAUCAAGCAAGAAAAUCAACAAUCCCUGUGCGAUCAAAACCGAAACCAGGGAAGCAUUCUGGCCUCUAUGGAACAAAGUCUGAGGCAAUACCAGCUCUCACCUGUGUUUGAGAAGAAAUCUCUAGUUGUCAAUUCAUCAAAUAAAGUCAAGGUGGAAUCUUCAGGGUCUGUUACAAUCCUAUCAACUAACACUGGUAUGGGUAGAAUGGAAUCAUCAGCAAAUUCCUCAUCCGCUGUUGCUCUGAAAAAGUCACUUGAUUCCACCCCUAAGAAGGAACAACUCCUACAAAGUUUUAUAGAAUCUCCUGUGAAGCUACUAGAUACGCCAAUCAAGAAUCUUUUGGAUACCCCCAUGAAAACUCAAUAUGACAUAGCAUCCUGCCACUGUGUUGAACAAAUUAUUGAGAAGGACGAGGGACCAUAUUACACUCAUCUGGGCUCGGCCCCAAGUGUCUCUGCCAUACGGGAGAUGAUGGAAAAAAGGUCUGGCCUAACUGACCGUGCAAUCAGGAUUGAGAAAGUAAUUUACACCGGCAAAGAAGGGAAAAGUACGCAAGGAUGUCCCAUAGCCAAAUGGGUUAUUCGUCGAUCUAGCGUUGAAGAAAAACUACUGGUGUUGGUACGCGAACGCACCGGUCACAGAUGUGAUACGGCCUGCAUCAUUGUUGUAAUCCUAGUCUGGGAGGGCAUCCAGCAUAGUCUGGCUGACCGCCUCUACCUCGAGCUAAGUGAAACUCUAACAAAACAUGGAGCUCUCACCCAGAGACGCUGUGCUUUCAAUGAAGAGAGGACCUGUGCAUGCCAGGGAUUAAAUCCUGAAGCCUGUGGAGCAUCAUUCUCCUUUGGCUGCUCCUGGAGCAUGUACUACAAUGGCUGCAAAUUUGCUCGAAGCAAAAUCCCAAGGAAAUUCAAGCUACAAAUAGAUGAUGUGAGAGAGGAAGAGAAAAUUGAGCAAAACUUUCAAAAUUUAGCAACCUUACUGGCUCCCUUGUAUAAAACUAUGGCACCUGAAGCUUAUGGAAACCAGGUGGAGCAUGAACAUAGAGCACCAGAUUGUCGUUUGGGACUCAAGGAAGGUCGGCCCUUCUCUGGAGUCACUGCUUGUGUGGACUUCUGCGCCCAUUCCCACAGAGACCUCCAUAAUAUGCAGGGUGGCAGCACUGUGGUGUGCACAUUAACAAGAGAGGAUAACCGAGAAAUUGGGAAGAUACCAGAAGAUGAGCAGCUCCAUGUCUUACCUCUUUAUAAGGCUUCCAGCACUGAUGAAUUUGGGAGUGAAGAAGGCCAGCAGGAAAAAAUUAAGUCAGGGGCCAUCCAAGUACUCAGUGCCUUCCGUCGCCAGGUGCGCAUGCUUGCGGAGCCUGCCAAGUCUUGUCGGCAAAAAAAGCUGGAUGCAAAAAAGGCAGCAGCCAACAAGAAUGCUAUGCUGGAAAGCUCCACUGAUAAGGCAGAAAAGGCCAACCUGGCCAAGUCAAAAGCUGGCACUUAUGAGAGUACUGUACAGAAUACUCCAUUGGCAGGACCUAUUCCUGGUGCUCUGGGCGCAACUCUACAGUCAAGUCAUCCAUCACACCCUCUUGGGGUCCAUCCACAGCAACUACAACAACAACAGCACCAAGGCAUACUUCCCCCAUAUCCUGGCUCAACAAAUGCUGCUUUCACUAGGUUUCCCAACCAGCCUGGGUCAUUUCCAAGCACUUCCAAGCCAGGCAGUAUGUAUCCCCCUCAGCUACCAACACCAGCCAACCCUUACCCAUCCCCACUCCAUGCACCAAACUCUUACAUGAAUGGAUCAUACCCAGGUUACCAAUGUAAUGGAGGAAUGCCCCUUGACAAUUAUCACCCAUACUACACCCCAAACCAAAAGCAACUGGACGUUUAUCGACAGAAACGGCCCAUGCUUUAUCCAGAUCAGCAGUAUGCUGUACAUCAACGCUAUGAAGUCAAUUAUCCACCAAGAUACAGUGAGCCAGGUUUACAAGUCAAUAGCUACAAUGCCAUCACACCAGCUCAACUCAUGAGACCUUAUGGCCCUUAUGGUCCUAACAGGACCUCAGAUGCUCAGUUUAUUGACCCACUCUUACGAACACCAUCUGCCCAUGGAGGCAUAGAUUACACACCUGCAGUGAGCAAAGGCAAUCAGUUUGGAGAAUAUUCAAAUCCCUACCUGCCUCAAAGCCCUAAUAUUUUGCCCCAAGGACAGGAUCCUUUCCAAAUGCAAAUCAAGACAGAGAUGGGUAUGCCUUGCACACAGAUGUUCUCUGUGCAGGUAAGUGAUGGGUGUUUAAACCCUGAAACAGGGGUAGGUCUGCCUAAUGGGGGUGUCAUGGGCCCCCAUAUUAAGCAGGAGCCUGGAACACCACAGGCAAACCCAACCCCACAAAAACCAGAGAUAUGGUCAGACAAUGAGCACAACUUUUUGGAUCCUGACAUUGGUGGUGUGGCUGUGGCACCAAGUCAUGGGUCAGUCCUUAUUGAGUGUGCAAAAAGAGAGCUCCAUGCCACGACACCCCUUAAAAACCCAGAUCGCAACCACCCAACACGCAUCUCCUUAGUCUUCUACCAGCACAAGAAUCUGAAUGAGGCAAAGCAUGGGUUAGCAUUGUGGGAAGCCAAGAUGGCAGAGAAGGCUAGAGAAAAGGAGGAGGAGGCAGAGAGGAAUGGUGGUGAGGGGACUCCAAGCAAGGGCAGCAAGAAGGGGGUGAAGCGUGAGCAUUCUGAGCCGUCAGAAACCACAGGGGAGCCUCCAUACAAGCGUUUUAUCAAGGCACUAAUGGAAGGCUCCUCAUCACACACAACUAACACAUAUGUCAGUACAGCUCCAUAUGCAUUCACCAAGGUCACAGGGCCUUACAGUCAGUUUAUGUAGAAAACAACUUGAAGGUGCUAUGAUCCAAAUGUUCACAGUUCCUCUUAGCAGCCUUGUGUUGUGUGGGAAAAGGAACAUAUGAUCAGAUCAGGCAUAAAUCACCUUCCACUUCAGGUCUUUCGCCUCCUUAACAACUGAGCUUUACUACUUCAACUUAGUAUUGAUGUAUUUAUUUUUGUUUGGUAACUUUUGCAAUAUACAAAAAAAAUUUAUAAUAAAAUAAACAUUCUCUGGUGCUUUCAGUCUGAUACACAAGGAUCUAUUUUAGCUGGAAACAAAGUUUCAUUUUUUUGGUGAGUUUAUUUUUCCCACAAAACUUUGGGGAUGUAAUCUUGACAUAAAACACUGAUUUUGUAAGUGACAACCUCCGUGGUGCUCAAGUUGGCACUUAUCACCAUUUAUUUUAAUUAAAAUGCCUUCACACUAAAGACAAAACACACUCUAAGAGUGACACUCAUUUUCCGUGUGCAUUACAUCAAAAAUAUAAAUCAACUGUACUCAUCUGCAUCACAAUAUUUGGGAAGUCUGUGUUUCUUGGAGCACUUUUUAAUCAUUAGGGUCAAUUGUCUGAUAAUACUUUAAAAAAAAUGGGCUAUUCUGCAUUGAUGUAACAUUCAUGAAUUAAUUGCAGGGGUUGUAUGAGCAACCCACAAAAGUGUUUUAAAAUACAUGCAAAACAACUUUUAAAUCAUUUUGGUGCUUCUAUCACUUACCGAUGGCAUUUAUGCUGUAAAGUUGAGCCACUCUUAUGGUGCAUUUUUAAACAUUUUGAGAAAGAAAAUACAUGCUUGUUUUAUUUACUGGAAUCAUUUUGUUGUCAGCAACUGUUUUUAAUCUUCCUUAUAGCAGGUUGGCAGAAUAAACUUGCUUUGUGAAUAUUACAAGUAGUUUUAUGUCUGUGGUGCUCAGUAAUUGUGUUUUUUUUAACACUGAGGAACACAAAACAGGGUAAGCUCAGUGUCAGUUUCAGAGGGCAGCUGGCUUGCUGUGGAAUCUUUUUUUUCCUAUUGUAAUCUAAAUGUAAAAUAAACAGGUAAGAUUUGUACAGUAAAUUAAUUUCCCUUUUUGGAUUUACUGUUAUCGAUUUUGUGUUGUAAAGAGUGCUGACAGCCUACUUCAUUUAAUUUCUUUGGGUUUUAUCUGAGUUUUUAUUUCAUAAGGUGCUAUUCAACCUACUAGAAAUGUACAAUGUGAGAAUCUUUAGGCAGUGAGAAAGUUUUUAAAUAAUGAACAGAAUAAACCUGUCAUAUACCUCAAAACUAGCUUGGCAAUAGGACUUCACAUAUCUUUUGUCAUUUGUAUAUUACUUUCAAGAUGUAAUUAACAGUUGAAAGUUUAGGCCACCAAAAGGCAUUAAAGUUAAUUUUCUUUACUUUCAGGGUGCUAUGAAAGUACUACAUGAAUUUUGCUCUUACUGUAAAAUCAGGGACAUUUUGAACUAAUUAUGUGUACAUUGUUGCCAUCUGUAUUCAUCUCGUCUUUUUACAUUCAGGGACUUACCAUUGCAUCCUGAAUCCCUAUAGCAUUCUUGUCUAAUAUGGUUCACAGAGAAAAGUCAUUCUUCGAGAAAAAUAAAAGAUUCUGUCUUGCAAAUCUCUGCGUAGCUUAGCUUAGCUAGUUAGAUGAUGCUAUUCUUUUAAAGGUAAUCUGAACAUAUAUGCACUGAGCUGACAAAAGGGAAUGAUGGUGAUUGUUUUUGAGACAAGACCAGGGCAGUGAUUUAUGUUGUUGCACAUCUUUGUGUCUGUGUAUAGAUUCAUGUAUUUAUAACCACUAAACAGUUACAAAGUAAUUUCUUCCCUGUCUAUCCCAUUUAAUUGAUGCAAUGUAACUGAAUAAGUCACAUCAUUGUAACAACUCACCCCACUCUUCCACCCAAUAAUUUUCUGAAAGCACUUCAUUUAUUUUUCAGAAGUAUGAGAAUUACAAAAAUGUUUUAUUUAAACAUAAUGUAUAUGUGUUAAAAAUAAAAAUAAAUUAUGCCACAUUGUAUAUACCAAGAAUUUGUAUUUCAGGAGUAUAACUCACCCUUUGAUAUUCAUGUUGGUUCUCUUUGUUUAGUCAAACUGAUCCACAGCUCUUCAUAUCUCAUCAAAUAAAAAAAUUAAAAAUAAAAAAUAAAAAAUCCUUUGGGCUUUUCCAAGUUUGCAGAGUGAAAAUGGUUGGAUUAUCCAAGAUGUUUUUGUAAAUGUUAUACUCACUGUCACAGCAAUGUUUACAGUUAUAGAAUGAUGUUAGUUCAGUUAGUAGAAGUUUUAGUUAUUUUCUCUCCUUUUUUUGUAAAUUAAAUCACACAAAAAUGUUGAAUUUCAUUGUACAGGACCCAGCUACAGUAGCAGGUUGUUGAGAAACCCAAGGUGCCAGAAGCUAUAGCGGGUUAUAGCAUAGCCAUACUUGAAGAUGCUUCAGAUAAUUUCGAAGUGAGUCAAAGUUACUUGAAUGACUUUCCUGGUUUAACUUGAGCAUUUCAUAUGCUCUACUCAAUGGUUAAGCUAGCAGUUCAUACAAAUUUACACACUUGGUCUUUUUGCAGUUAGACACUAAAGGUAUAAAAAAAGAAAAAAGUGUGACUUUUGCCAUUUUACUUUUUAAAGCUUCCCUUAGUUCUCGCAGUUUGGUAUGCUACAACAAUGAAUUGAGGAUGGGUAAUAAUACUGUAAGAAUUGUAAUGUACUGGAUGCAGUUUAUUUGAAAGCUGUUUAUUAUAUCAUUCCUGAUGUUGCUGAAAUGUGGGUGUUUUUGUUUUUAAUAAAAUUUAUAUUUAUUUAAAGCAAUUGAUUUUUUUAUUCCAAAUAACCAAUAAUUUGUCAUUUUCG